AUGCCGAAGAAAAGGGCAAAGGAGAAGGUAAACCUAGGGACAACCUCCUUCAAGGAAGCGGCGAAGGGCGGCGGAAGGGUGGCCAUAGUGUCAUCCGGCCAUCCGGAGCCAUCCUUGACGGAGGACCAGGCGGACCUCAUAAAGAACGCACUGGUGGACAAGAUGUUCGGGCGUGACGAGAAGGGCCAGUACCCGAACUUCCAGGGACACCGAUUCGAGCAAGGGCUUCUGUGGGUCAGAUGCACUGAUGCCCAGUCGAAGGAGUGGCUCAUGCGCGUGGCGAGCGCACUAGCACCCUGGGAAGGGACCUCCCUUGCCCUUAUGGACAAGGAUGAGCUCCCCAGGCUGUCCAGGGUGACGGCUUUUCUCCCGGAGAAACCGGCGGGAGGGGCUGCUGCACUGGAUAGGCUGGCUGAGCGGAACCAGGGCAUCUCCACUAGAAAGUGGAGAAUCUGGGACUGCAACGAAGGGAAAGGAGGCGUCAACCUGGUUGCAGGAGUGGACUCCAAGUCCCCGGAAAGGCUCAGGGAGUUAAAGAUGGCUCUCUUCCUGGGGAGACCUGACCCAGACCUGGGCCAGGUAACGGUCGCCUCGAGCAGCGUGGGAGGGGCACCUGCAGACUCAGCAGGGGCUCCGGCGGCUGACGAGGCGGAGAUCCCCAAGGGCAUAGUGGGGGACGGUUGCGGGAGUGCUGCCGACAGCGGGCCUCGUUCGAAGGUCCCCCAUCCACCCGAGGAUGAGGUGACGCCCUAG